GUGAUUCCAAACGGCUGAUAUAUCUGUCGGCUGUGCAUACAACAGUUAGGUAUAAGUUCUGGCUGUUCGAAGAUGCACCACGACCUUUGGGAAAAUGAUCCUUGAUGAUGCCCUCCCUUUCGAAAAAUCGCAACGGGGACCGUUGGUUGAUGCUUUGGGUGCCCAGUCUUCCAGCACGGCUGGCAGCAGUCUGUUGCCUCAGGCGUAUCAAAAUGACGACGUCGCUGAUCUCCCCCCUCCGCCGUCAUACGAUGAAAGCGUAGCACAAGGCGGAGGCUUUCCGGUUGUCCAUUACAGCCAACAACCAGGGCCUCCAAUGGUCUCUCCCAGAAUUCAAUCCGAAUACAUCCAAGCGUCCGUGCUGGAGGUUGAGGACUCUGGCGGACGUGAAGGGCCUUCCCAGCAUGGAACGUAUUCCAGCUAUAUGGGUCGACCCAUUGCGGGUCAGCACCAAACACUGUUACCCGUAACACAUUCCUCCAUUGCAAUGUCAACUCUGAAGAGAGACACGCGGUCUGCAAUGUCUGCACAAUCGACCUCUAGCGAGAGCCAGACGAGUCUACUCUCCACAUCUUGCCCGACUCCUGAUUCGAUGCCUCACAGGUCUUCGAAAGAUAUCAGGCAGAGCAACGUUCCUGGCAACUCCACCGACAGGAGCCAGCCCUUCGAACCCCUCACUCUACUCUCAAAUGCCCAAAACCUCGACAACGGGUUUCCUGGUAACCAACCGUCAUGCGAUACCCAGCCACAUCCCUUCACCACGCACGCCGUGAAGCAGGAAGAUUGGGAACGUUUCUUGAUGGAAUUACGGGAGGCCGGCAAGAGUACGACUAAAGAUCUGGUGGUUAGUGGUCUGGCUGGAGUUAUGGAACGCCUACGUGUCAAUUACAGGUCAGCUUAUGACCAUGGGUCUUGGCAAGCAGAUGAAAUGCAAGCGGUCGUCGCCUAUUGGCGAAGUCAUCGACCGUUGGAAUCAGGAAUACUUUCAUCUCCGAUCAAUGGACGUCGUUCUUGCCCUUGGUGACAUCACCUGUACUGGACCAACCAAUGCCAUCCCAGCCGACAUCCAGAACCGCUGCAGAUGUCGCAAUAAAUCUAGCCGUGCUCACUGCGAUCGCGCUUCCUCCGAAGCCGAACUACUACCUGAGUCUGGAGUUGUUGAAUUGUUUCGCAAAGUCCAGAGGGCACAGAAAACAAUGACUGUGAAUCAAAAACUACGGAGAGACUUCGUGGACGGUGGAGGUACCGACGAGAGGUGGAGGUUGGUUAUCGCAUACAAGCCGAUCGUGGACGGAUGAUAGAAUUUGACCAUAUUUCAUUCAUCUUGCAUCGAAGGACAGGGAACAACAUCACAUUCAUACGAUACACUAGAACAAUGGUAUACAUACAUCUAAAGAGACGAGACUAGUCAGCUAUAUUCAACAAAGGCUGAAAGUUGAAAGAUCAGAGAAGCCGGUAUUUUCUUGUUUCUCGUCGAGCAACUUCUCGCACCAACCAGGCCAGCAAGCAUCAAGACGAUGCGAGCAGACGCGGCCUCCCAAAAGAGAGGUAGGUGAUGCAAGACGCUUGACGAGACGUUCAAAGAAUGGAUGAACUUGUUUUCGUCCUAUCAACCAGCAACAUGAUGUGACCAAAACCCACCUCACGGCACUACCCUAAGUCCAAAAGCGUUGAUGUAAAACCUAGUCAAAAAGCAGAUGAGUACAGUUGUUCGUAGCAAAAUAUGAAUCCAACAAAGAAGAUCAGAUUUA